GGAGACCCGAAGAGACUGAGCUGGAACAACUGCCAUCAUACCAACACAGAACUGCCAACUAAACUACAACCCGGAAGCAAGGAAAUUGCCCACGUAAACAAGGGGUUACCGACAGCAGCCAGGUGUGGUUGUACCCGGAAAAAAAGGAAGGAGGAAGCAAACCAACGGCAGCUUUAUUGACAGUAGGCUACUACCAUGACUCCAAGAGACCUCAAGGAUGAGUUUGAGGAUCAGUUCAAUGAUGUGGUCUCAAGACUUCAAUCAAAAAAUCUGUUUCAGUCUGACUGGGACAUUGCCUCAUUCGCAAUGUUCUUUAUCUUCAUUGGUAUGAUUCUGUUACUUGUUCUUUUGGUUCUCAUCCGCUGUUGUUGUUGCUGCUGCUGUGAUGAUGAGAAGCCCAGGAAACAUAAAGUUGGGAUAGAUAAUAUGGCGAUGGAACCAUGACGAUCAUUCAACUGAAGAGAUCUUUCAACCCAUGUUGCUACUAAACUGAGCACUUUUAUACAUUUAAUAAUCAUUAUUUUGCCUUAAGUCAAUAUGUGCACAAAUGUAUUUUUAACUGUUGAUCUCCAAAAUGUCUCGCCUGUGUGCAUUGCUGUCUGAAGUCCAGGCUGUUGCCAAGUCACCGGUGGAGAUAAACAAAUGUGACUGACUCCUUUGUUGGCCCCUUAUACGAAAACAAAACAUCACAUCCUUUUAAAUUGUGUUAUUCAUGCCAAUUUCACCAACGUGCACAUGUAAAUAUAAUUAUUUAUAAAAUAAAUAAAUAAAAGAAUGAAGUAA